AUGUCAUUGGAGCAUCAAAUGCCGGUAUUGAUGAAGAAGACGCAGAUGAGCGGUGACCGCGCCGGCACUGGUUCACAGUGCGGCCUGACGUCACUGCUGCCCAUGUCCUGUCGCGGACGGGCAGCAGCGUUUGCGCGAGACUUGAACUCACGCCUAAGGAAUCUCGGUGCUGCGCAAGAACAUGAGUGUGAAAAUACCUGGCUCACGCGUGACUCUACCUCAACUCACAGACCUGCAACGUCCCCACAGAGGGACUUAGAAACGUUUUACGAUUUUGAACUUGAAUGUGAGAGUCCUUCCAGUCCCGUUGAUGAAUAUGACGCCCCGUUUCCUGAGCGAUCUACCACAGAUAUCACAGAGACACCGUUUUUUGAUGUCAACUCAGAAGUGGACCUCAAAGAAAAAAGUAGGUUAACAUUAAAACAGCCAGAUAAAAACAAGAACGGUUUUAAGUUUUCUACUGCUUUUUAUACGGACACUUCACCAGUGAAACUUCAACCUGUCCCUCGAGAAAAUGGCUAUGCAGAUAAACCUCUAUAUUCACCUAUAAGUUUCGAAGGCUGUGUACGACAAAAUAGUUGGGAUGAAAUCGACUUUGCAACUCGAUCUCCAACAAUUGUUGAAUCUGCACGAUUUUUUAGUUCACCAAUUAAUAAAUUAACGGUUCCUGAUAGCGAUUCUGAAUUUGAAUCUGCAAAAAGCGAACCAUCCGAUUGUAAUGAUGAUAUUACCCUAGGUGAAAACUCUUUAGGAAAGGAUGCAACAGAGGGCGUAGAAAACUUAUCACUAACUGAUGCGGAUCUCUUUGAUGAAGAAAUCGCCAUUGAUUCAACUGACAUUAAAUCAACGUCUGCUAAUAAUAUUGAUAUAAAUGCAACCGAAAUAAUUACCAGUGAAGUUUCUGAUGAAAAAGAUGUAUCGCCUGUGCCUGAAAUCGAUCCUAAAUUAUUAAACACAGAAUGUAAAGAAGAUGAAGAAACUGAAGACGAUCGUCCACAGCGUGUUCGCAGGUGCUCUUCACUAAAGACUGGGAAAACGCCACCCGGAACGCCAGGACGUAAAAAAAUUGUUCGAUUUGCUGAUGUACUGGGACUUGAUUUAGCUGAUGUUAAAACAUUCAUGGAUGAGAUACCAGUCAUUCCAAAGUCCGCCUAUGAUGAUCUUACAGGUUGUGAUGUACAAAAUUCUCCACCAGCUAGACCUCAGCCCAAACUUGGUGCCCUAACAUUGGUUCCAUUGUUCCAACUACCUCGCGAUGUAACAGAGAAACUUGAAAAGAUGAACGUAUGCCUGGAAAGUGCACGUGUCUGCGACGGGGCUCAUGUAACGGUUUGCGGAUCAGUGCGUGUACGGAAUUUAGAUUUUCAUAAGACUGUUCACGUUCGUUACACCAUGAAUCGAUGGAAAACAUACACUGACCUACAAGCAACAUAUGUACAGGGCUCUUGUGAUGGAUAUUCAGAUCGCUUUCAAUUUGUUUUGUAUGCGCCGUGUAUAUCUUCUGGCCAGAGGUUAGAACUGGCUGUUCGUUUCCAGUGUAAAGGGCAACAAUUUUGGGACAGUAAUGAUGGAUCCAAUUAUUGCUUCGAUUGUUUAGCUUUGGGCGCAACAGCACCAAUAUCGGCAACACCAAUAGUGCUUCAUCCUACUGUGGACUGGCAUCCGUCGUUUUACUGA